CGGGGGCGGCCCGGCCCCUCCCGCGGGGAUGGGGGCGGCUCCCGGGGGCGCGCAUGUCCGGCCCCGCCCGUUAAAUUCCGGCGGGCCGGGCCGGGCCGGGACCACCCGCUCCGCACCUGCUGCUCUCGCCAUGGCCACUGACGCCGAGCCCGGUCGCCGCCGCCGCUGCUGCGCGCAGGACACGCCCGAUGCUCCCAAGGUUCCCGAUUCCCGCGGUGACAGCGACGGGCCCCGGCGGGGCUCCCUCUGCGACCGGCACUGCGCUGCCAUCAACAACGUGCAGGGGGACCUGGGAGAGCUGGGCUGCCACCUGCACCGUCCCCGUGUCCCCCCAGGUAGGGUGGCUGUGGGUUGGGCUGGAUGUGGGGCCCUGGGGGGGGGUCCCACACCCCCUGUGACCCUGUGUGUCACCCACAGCCACGUCCACCCCGUCCUGCUGCCAGCAGCACUCGGAGGAGGUGUGCGAGAGCUGCGUGGUGAAAACCACCCUGACGGCCGAGAACGCCGUGGAGGCCAACAAGCUCUCCAACAACUACAAGGUGGGUGGGGGCACCCAUGGGUGCUCUGGGGGGGUUGUAAUGGGUUUUCAUUUUCUUGCUCUUCACUCAUCCCCAAAAAAAACCUCUCUCUGCAGUUUGGCUUCAAGAAAUGGAAGAGCCACGUGACAGCGCGGCCCUGGGAGGACCGAUCGGAGAUCGUCAAGGAGCUCUACUCUGACCUCAACGUCAUCCGAGGCUCUGGAGGGUCCACGCUGACGUGUGGGAAUGUCCUGUACCUGCUGCUCUUUGGCUGGUGGCUCUCGCUCCUCUACGUCCUCAUGGCUGCCGUGAUGUUCAUCACCGUCAUGGGGGCUCCUUAUGGGAGGCUCUGCUGGGAUCUAGCCGGGUAUUUCCUCUGGCCCUUUGGCAAAGUGAUCCAGAAAGUGGAGGUCCCCAAAUCCCAUCAGGCGUGUGAGGCUGGCGUGGGGGAGAGCUCAGCCCUGCUCGGGGGUCCCACACCGCUCCGCUGGCGCCCACGGUGCUGGGAGGGCGCUGGAUACUGGCACCAUGCCAGCACCGCCGUGUGGCUGUGCCUGGGCUACCCGGUGCUGCUGCUGGCCCACGGGCUCGUGUGUGUCACCGCGUGGCUCCUCAUCGUCCUCAUCCCUGUGGCCAAGCUGAGCGCCCGCGCCACCUCCCGCGUCCUGCCGCUGCCCCCGGAGCGGGUGCUCAUCCGGCGCCUGAGGAUGACAGAGGUGCCUCUGGAGGGAGAGGUGAUUCUCUGCUGCUACCGUGCUGCCAACCCUUACUACUACAAAUAUGCCGUGGACGGCAUCAACGUCUUCGCCGUCAACCUGCUGCCACUGGUGCUGGUGACGCUGGUGCUGGGCUACGUGGACAGCCCCAACCACCUGACCGGCUCCGCCGUCAAGUUCACCUUGGCCCUGCUCUCCAUCAUGCCCCUCUCCUACUAUAUCGGCAUGGCCAUCGCCAGCAUCUCGGCCCAGAGCAAUUUCGCGGUGGGAGCUGUGGUGAACGCCACGUUCGGCUCCAUCACCGAGCUCACCUUCUACAUCACCGCCCUCAUCAAGGGCUCGCGUGAGGGCAACCGCUGCUACGCCGAGGUGGUCAAGUCGGCGUUGACAGGGACGCUGGUGGGCUGUGUCCUCUUUGUGCCGGGUCUGUGCAUGGUGAUCGGGGGCAUCCGGCACCAGGAGCAGUGGUUCAACAGCCGCUCUGCGGGCGUCAGCUCGGCCCUGCUCUUCCUCUCUGUGGGAGGUGUCUUUGCCCCAACGCUCUUCUCCAAGGUGUACGGGAAGCUGGUCUGUGGCGAGUGCCACAACGUCACGCAGAACCCGCUGGGCCACUACCUCUGCCACAACUGUCACUUUGACCUGAUGGACAACAACGGCACCCUCUACUACAGCCACGUCCAACCCCUGGUGUACACGGUGUCCAUCCUGCUCCCUGCUGCCUACCUCGUCGGGCUCUUCUUCACCCUCAAAACCCACACACACAUCUACGACAUCCACAUCAGCGACUGUCACAUGCCUGGCCACCACCACAGCGCCGUGGUCCACUGGUCCCGCUGGCGGGCCCUGGUCAUCCUCCUGCUCUCCACCCUCUGCAUGUCGGCCUGUGCUGACCUGGCCACGGAGCACAUCAGCCCCAUCCUCACCAACUCCACCAUCUCACAGUACUUCAUUGGUGUCACCGUGCUGGCAAUGGUGCCUGAGCUGCCGGAGAUUGUCAAUGGCAUCCAGUUUGCCCUGCAGAACAAUCUGAGCUUGAGCAUCGAGAUUGGCAACUGCAUCGCGGUGCAGGUCUGCAUGCUCCAGAUUCCCAUCCUGGUGCUCUUCACCAUCUUCUACCCGACCAACUUCACGCUUGUCUUCAGCGACCUCCACGUCUAUGCCAGCAUGUUCAGCGUGGUGCUCAUGAACUACAUCUUCAUGGAUGGCAAAUGUGACUAUUUCCAAGGCACCGUGCUGGUGAUGGUUUACUUCAUCCUCCUGGCCGUGUAUUUCUUCGCCCCGUCGCCCAGCGGCUGCUGAGGUUUGGAUUCUCCUUUCUCCAACCCCCUCGUUGGGAUCAGCACCCAUCAAGACCUUCUCCAGUGUCUCAGGGACUUGGCCGGGCUGGCUCCGGUCUGGAAGCGCUGUUUCCUGAAGCUGCUGCUGCUGCUGGGCUCCCCCCGUGGGGCUGCAGGGAUGGGAAGGGUGGUGGCAAUGGGAUCGCUCCCAAAAUGAGGAGCCUCAAAGCCAGAGCACGUCACACAGGCAUCUCCAGCCCACACUCGAGUGGCUGGAAGGAAAACUGUCCUUAGAGGAGAGUCUUGAAGGGGAUUUCUGUGUGUCUCGAGGACAGACCCCUCCCUGGGGAUGUGCUUGCACUGGGAGAAGGUGCCUGAGAAGUCCCUCAUCCUCCCAGGCCUGGGAGUGGCCUGGGAAUCGCACACGGGAUGUUUGAUGGCACCAGAAAUGCACCCAAAGGUAUUUUCAGCUGUUUUGUCAUUAAAGCAGUUUUGUACAAAUCAGAAACAAGUCUGUUUCUCCUUAAAUGAGCCUCAGGCACCAGCUUGGGCCCCUCUGUGGCCACCAUUCCCUGUCCUCUGUCACCUCACCCCAGGGACAGAGCCAAUGGGGGUGGCUGGGAGCUCCAGCUUUCUCCAUGACCCUCCCAAAGCUCCAGCUCAUUUCCAGCCUGGUCUUCUCUGACUCUUUGGUCCCCCUGGCUUCGAGGUCUGUACCAGACUCCCGAGAUGGUUCAGGGAUGCUCCUGGUGUUAUCCAUAGGGUGUGACAGAAUGAGGGAAUCUCCCUCCGCGCAGGGAAAUGUCGGUGGAUGUGGUGAGAGGGACAAAGUUAGGGCUUGGAUUGAUUUAUUAUCUUUACAAACAAAAACAAUCCCAAAGCAAAACACUGACUGGCCCAUUAACACAGGCAAGGAGGCUCUGGUGCCUCUUCCC